AUGAAUACCAAAGCAAGAAUCCAGUCCAGGAAUCCAGGCCAGGAAUACCAAGCCAUAUACCAAGCCAGGAAUAACCAGGCAAGACUACCAGGCAAGGAAUACAAGCCAGGAUACCAGGCCAAGGAAAACCAGGCCAGGAAUACCAUGCCAGGAAUACCAGGCCAGGUGUAUACCAAGCAGGAAUACACAGGGCCAGGAAUUACCAGGCCAUUGAUAACCAAGCCAGGAAUACCAGGCCAGGAAGACCAGGCAAGGAACUACCAAGCCAGGAAUACCAGGCAAGGGGAGAAACCACCAGCGCCAGGCCAGGAAUACCAAGCAAGGAAUUACCAGGACCCAGGUUAUAUACCCAAGCCAGGAAUACAGGAGGCAUGGUUGAUACAAAGCCAGGAAUUACCAAGCCAGGAAUACCAGGCCAGGAAUCCAGGCAAGGGCUUAUACCAGGCCAGGAAUACCAAGCCAGUAAUACCAAGCCAGAAUACAAGUGCCACAGGGGGAAUACCAGGACAGGCUAGGAAUACCAGGCCAGGUUAUACCAAGGCCAGGUAUACCAUGGCGAGGAAUACCAGGCCAGGAAUACCAAGCAAGGUAUACUCAGGCAAGGAAUACCACGACAGUAUACCAAGCCAGGAAUACCAGGCCAGGAAUACCAGCAAGGCAAACCAGGCCAGGUAUCCCAGUCAAGGAUACCAGGCCAGGUAUACCAAGCAGAAUACCAGGUUCAGUAAUACCAGGUCAGGAAUACCAAGGCCAGGAUACCAGGCAAAGGAAUACCAAGCCAGGAAUACCAGGCAAGGAAUACCAGGCCAGGGAAUACCAGCCAGGAAUACCAGGCACAGGAAUACAAGGCCAGGAAUACCAGCAGGAUACCAGAGCCAGGAAUACCAAGCCAGGAAUACCAAGGCCAGGAAUACCAGGCCAGGAAUACCAGGCCAGGAUAUCCAGCCAGGAAUACCAGGACAGGAAUACCAGCCAGGAAUACCAGGGAGGAAUACCCAGGCCAGGAAUACCAGGCAGGAAUACCAGGCAAGGAUACCAGGCCAGGAUACCAGGCCAGUAAUACCAGGCCAGGCUACCAAGGCCAGGAAUACCAGCAGGAAUCCAGGCCAGGAAUCCAGGCCAGGAAUACCAAUCCAGGAAUACCAGGCAAGUAAUGCCAAGCCAGUAAUACCAGCCAGGUAUACAGGCAAGAAACCAUGCCAUGAAUACCAGGCCAGGUAUAACCAGGCCAGGAAUACCAGGCCAGGUAUAACCGGCCAGGAAUACCGGCAGGUAUACCAGGCCAGUGAUACCAGCCAGGUAUACCAGGCAAGGAAUACCAAGCCAGGUAAUAUACCAGCAAGGAUACAAGCAGUAAUACCAGGCCAGGUAUACCAGGCCAGGAAUACCAGGCCAUGUAUACCAGGUAAGGAAUACCAGGCCAGGAACCAGGGCCAUGUUAACCAGGCCAGAAUACCAGUCCAGGUAUACCAGCCGAGUAUACCAGCAAGAAACAGGCCAGGAAUAACAGGCCAGCCAGAAACAGGCAAGGAAUCCAGGCAAGGAAUGCCAGGCCAGGAAUACCAGGCCAGAAUUACCAAGCCAUGGUAUACCAGGCAAGGAUACCAAGCCAGGUAUACACAGGCAAGGAAUACCAACGUCCAGGUUAUAGCCAGGCAAGGAUACCAGGCCAGGUAUAACCAGGCAGGAUACCAGGCCAGGUAUACCAGGCCGGAAUACCAGCCAGGUAUACCAGUCCAGUAUACCAAGCCAGGAAUACCAUGCAAGGAAUACCAGCCAGGUUACCAGGCAAGGAAUACCAGGCCAGGAAUACCAGCAAGGAUACCAAGCCAGGAAACCGGGCAAGGAAUACCAGGCCAGGAAUACCAAGCCAGGAUACCAGGCCAGAAUACCAAGCCAGGUAUACCAGGCAAGGAAUCCAAGCCAGUAUACCAGGCAAGGCAUGACCAGCCAGUAAUACCAGGCCAGGUAUACCAGGAAUACAGGCCAGGGCGAAGGAUAUACCAGCCAGGUUAUACCAGGCAAGGAAUACCAGGCCAGGAAUACAGGCAAGGAUACCAGGCCAGGUAUACCAAGCCAGUAAUACCAGGCAAGGAAUACCAGGCAAGGAAUACAGGCCUAGGAAUACCAAGUCCAGGAAUACCAGGCCAGGAGAUCCAGGCAGGAUACCAUGCAGGAAUACAAGCCAGGUAUACCAGCAAGGAAUACCUACUAGGUAUACCAGGCAAGGAUACCACCAGGCAGGAUACCAGGCCAGGCAUACCAGGCCUAGGAAUACCAGCCAGAAUACCAAGCCAGGAUACUAGCCAGUAUACCCUCAAGGAAAUACCAGCCAGGUAUACCAGCAAGGAAUACAGCCAAGUAAUACCAGGCCAGUACUCCUGCAGGAAUACCAGGCCAGGAAUACCAGGCAAGGAAUACCGGCCGAAGGUAUCCAGGCAAGGAAUACCAGCCAGGUAUACCAAGCCAGGAAAACCGCCAGUAAUACCAGGCCAGGUAUACCAAGCCAGGAAUACAGUCCAGUGUAUACCAGCAAGGAAAACCAGUCAAGGAUACCAGGCAGGAUACCAAGCCAUGUAUACCAGGCAGGAAUACCAGGCAGGUUACCGGCAAGGAAUACUAGGCAAUGAAUACCAGGCAGGUAUACCAGGCCAGGAUACCAUGCGGUUAACCAGCCAGGUAUACAAAGCCCGGAUACCAGCCAGUAAUACAGGUAUACCAGGCCAGGAAUACCGCCAGGAAUAUCAUGCAGGAAUACCAGGCCCGGAUACCAGGCAAGGAAUACCAGGCCAGUAUACCGGCAAGGAAUACCAGCCAGUAAUACCAUGUCAAGGAUACAGGCCAGAAUACCAGGCAAGGAAUACCAGCAUGAAUACAGGCAAGAAAACAGGCCAGGAAUACCAGGCCAUGGUAUACCAGGCAAGGAAUACCGGCCCAUGUUACCAGCCGGAAAUACCGCCGGAAUACCCAAUGCCGGAAUACAGGCCAGGAAUACCAUUCCAGGAAUACAAGCCAGUAGAUGCCAUCAAGGAAUACCAAUCCAGGAAUACCAGGACUACCAAGCAAGGAAUACCAGGCAAGGAAUUACCAAGCAGAAUACCAGGCAAGAAUACCAAGCCAGAAUACCAGGCAGGAUACCAGCCAGGAAUCAGCAGGAAUACGCAGGUCCAUGAAUACCAGCCAGGCAUACCAAUCCCGGAAUACCAAGCCAGGAAUACCAAGCCAGGUAUACCAGGCAAGGAAUACCAAGCCAGGUAUACCGGCAGGAAUAACCAAGCCAGUAUACCAGGCCAGGUAUACCAGGCAAGGAUACAUGCCAGGAUACCUAGGCAAGGAAUACCAGGCCAGGUAAUACCAGCAAGAAUACCAGGCCAGGUAUACCCAAAAAGGCCAGGAAACCCCAGGCAGGUAUACCUGGCCAGGUAUACCAAGCCAGGAAUACCAGGCCAGGUAUACCAGGCCAGGAAUACCAGGCCAGGUAUCCAAGGCCAAGGUAUACCAAGCCAGGAUACCAGGCCAGUAUCCCGGCAAGGAAUACCAGGCAAGGAUACCAAGCCAGUAAUACCAGGCAAGGAAUACCGGCCAGAAAUACCAGGCAAGGAAUACCAGCCAGGAAUACCAGGCAAGGAAAACCAGCCAGGAAUAUCCAGGCCAGGAAUACCAGGCAAGGAACACCGGCCUAGGAUACCAGCAAGGAAUACCAGAGCCAGGAAUACCAGGCAAGGAAACCCGGCCAGGAAUACCAGUCCAUGUAUACAGGCAAGGAAUACCAGGCCAGGUAUACCAAGUCCAGGACUACCAGGCCGGAAUACCAGCCAGGAAUACAGCCAGGAAUACCAUCCAGGAAUCCAAGCAGUAAUACCAGGCAAGGAAUACCAUAGCCAGAAUACCAGGCAAGGAGGAUAUACCAAGCCAGGUAUACCAGGCAAGGAAUAA